AGUGAGUUAGAUAAAAUUAGGAGAAGAUUUCUUGGGGGGGGGGACAACGGAGACAAAGAAGGUUGCUUGGGUUGCGUGAGAGAAGUUUUGCCUAAGUAAGCUCGAUGGGGGGUUAGGUAUUAAAAACUUAUUGUGCUUUAAUAUGUCAUUACUGGGAAAAUGGUGGGGAAGAUUGAUUACCGAGAAAGGGGGAUUGUGGAGGAGAGUUUUAUCUGACAUUUAUGGGAGUGAUGAAGGGAAUUGGUUAUCUUACUUAAGGGAGGGUAGAUAUGUAGGAUCGAAAUGGUGGAGGGAUGUUUGCAAGAUAGAUGAAGGGAUGGUUAUUAAAAAGGAUUGGCUGAGUUUGGGUUUUGGUGUGGACUUGGGGGAUGGCGAGAAGGUUAAGUUCUGGACUGAUGUGUGGGUAGAAGGGUAUGCUCUAUCUAACAAAUUCCCUUGUUUAUUCCUGCUAGCUACAGAUCAAAAUUGCAGCGUCAAAGACAUGGGAUCCUGGUCGAAGGAUUGUUGGCAAUGGAAAUUCUCCUGGAAAUGCCCACUUCGUUCAUGGGAGGAGGACGUUGAAAAAGAGUUGCAACAUAAAUGGCUUGGAGGUCUGAAACUACUUGAUAAGGGAUGGAACAUUAUUUGGUUCACAGUAAUAUGGACACUGUGGUUGGGCAGCAAUGAAAAGAUUUUCCAGAUGAAGGAGACAGAGCUCGACAGAUUCUUUGAGCUAGUUCAGAUUCGAUCUUUCUUCUGGGUAACGAACAUUCAAGGUAUGGAAGGGUUCUCUUUAUUUGACUGGUGCGAGAAUCCAACCAAAUGUCUUAAGAAUAAUCCCGUCCAGAAAGAUAGUGAUUGAACUGGUCUUUUUGUUUUAACUAGUCUCCUUGGAAAGUUGGUUUUAUUUUCUUUUUUGGGUGUUCUACCCUCGUUGCUUUAGUGUUGCUGGUUUUUUAAGCAACAAGUUGGUUUUUGUAUACGACGGGUUUGAGUACCCCUUGUAUUCAUCAAAUAAAUAUAUUAAUAUUCU